ACUUUCACCGUCCGGAGGCGAGCUCGCUCACUUCCCACAGCCGUGUUGUGUCCUCGCGUGGGCCGCGGGAGGAAACAUUAGCAGCCGUGAAAGCAGAGUUAGCCGCUAUAUAGCUUUUCUUCUCUGCGCUCUCAAGUUUGUUGAAGCCAAUUUUUGAAGAUGGCGACCAGCUCGGAGCGCAGUCCUCCUCCGUUCCCCGACUCGGAGGACCAAGACCUGCUGGACUCCGGGGACGUCGGAGGCCGAGGCAGCGAUGAAGACGACGGGGACGACCUCUUCAUGAGCGUGAGCAACGCCUCACUUAGCGAGAUGGAUGCCAAGCUGCAGUCUGGCGGCCAGCUGGGAGACGAUUUACUGACGCCUCCCAGCGACGUCGUCACCAGCAGCGAUCCCGUCACCAGCCAAUCGGAAUCAAAAGCGGCGAGCGAGCCCUCCGACGAGUUUGUGGACCUCACAAGUAGUCCGGGCGACUCGCUGGGGUCCGACAGCGCGGCGAUGGACGAUGAAGAAGCAUCCAGUGAAAUCCCUCUGAACGACGACUUUGUUGAUAUACUGGGAAGCGAAACUGAAGAGCAGCGACAGGAAGCGGCAGGAGGGGAGGCGGAGACCACGCAGGGUGAAAUUGAGUUGACCGUAGAGCCAGCUGUAGAAGAUGCAGCGCCGCUUUUAGACAUCAGUGGUGAUUCAUCAGCAAAUCCCACAUCGCAGCCACCUGGCAAAAUAGUGAACCCUUUGCUGGACUUCCUCGGAGACCCCAUGCCCGCCGUGGGCCACAAGCAAAACAUCCCUGUCGUCGCUGACCUGUUCGAAGACGAGGGCAGCGACCUGUUUGCUGACCCACGACAGACAAAACCCUCCAAGCUGCCUCAGAAGAGCCUCUUUGGCGAGCCGGACGACGAUCUGUUCACAGAGCCGCUGGGUGCCAAGAUGCCCACGAUGGACAAACCUCUGGUCCCAAAGGCUGCAAGUACCGGCGCCGGCAGCGGUAAAAUUGGUGGGCUGCUGUUGGAGAGCAGCAGCGGCGACAUUUUCACAGAGGAAGCCGUCGCCAAGCUCCCCAGCAAGACCUCCAUCGUCAACACGGCGACUAACGGAGUCCACGAGGAAGAAAACCCAGACAUAUUUGCAGACGCCACAGUGGAGCUCUCUCUCGACAGUCCACGCAGCGAGAGAAAGAAGGACAUCGCCUCCGCCACCAAACCUUCGACAUCUGCUGCUUCUUCCGUGUCGAACGCUGCCUGUGUGGUCAAGGCUCAGGCGGACACUUUGGAGGAGUUGGAAGCAGAGGAGGAGGAAGACCAAUUCGACAUUGCCAUCUCUAUUACCGACCCAGAAAAAAUAGGUGAUGGGAUGAAUGCCUACAUGGCCUACAAAGUUUGCACACAGACCACCAUGCCCAUGUUCCGCAACAAGACCUUCACGGUGAGGCGACGCUUCAGCGACUUCCUGGGCCUGUACGAGAAGCUGUCAGAGAAACACGGACCCAACGGCUUUAUCGUGCCUCCUCCGCCCGAGAAGAGCAUCCUGGGUAUGACCAAGGUGAAGGUGGGGAAGGAAGACUCAUCGUCUGCAGACUUUCUGGAAAGAAGAAGAGGCGCCCUGGAAAGGUACCUUCAGAGGGUGGUGACUCACCCUUCACUUCUCCAAGAUCCUGACGUCAGAGAGUUCCUGGAGCGAGACGAAUUGCCCAGAGCCGUGAGCACGCAGGCUCUGAGCGGCGCCGGCUUCCUGAAAAUGAUCAACAAAGCGACAGACGCCGUCAGCAAGAUGACCAUCAAGAUGAAUGAGUCAGACGUGUGGUUUGAGGAGAAGCUGCAGGAGGUGGAGUCUGCAGACCAGCAGUUCCGAAAGCUCCACGUGCUGGUGGAGUGUCUGGUCAUCCACAGGAAAGAGCUCUCCACGAACACGGCCAGCUUCGCCAAGAGCACCGCCAUGUUGGGCAGCGCCGAGGACAACACGGCGCUGUCCCGCGCCCUCUCGCAGCUGGCCGAGGUGGAGGACAAGAUGGAGCAGCUGCAUCAAGACCAGGCGGCCAACGACACCUUCCGCUUCGCCGAGCUCAUCGCUGAUUUCAUACGGCUGCUGGGCGCCGUCAGGGGCUCGUUUGACCACCGCAUGAAGGCGUGGCAGCGCUGGCAGGACGCACAGACCAUGCUGCAGAAGAAGCGUGAGACCGAAGCCAAACUUCAGUGGGCCAACAAGCCUGACAAGGUGCAGCUGGCCAAAGAAGAGAUCGCGGAGUGGGAAGCCAAGGUGACGCAAUACGAGCGAGACUUUGACAGAGUUUCUGCCACCGUGCGCAAGGAAGUGCUCCGCUUUGAGAAAGAAAAGGCGAAAAAUUUCAAAAGACAGAUCAUCAAAUAUCUGGAGAGUCUGCUCAAGUCCCAGCAACAGCUGAUGAAGUACUGGGAGGCCUUCUUACCUGAAGCGAAAGCCAUCGCCUGAGGAGGGCGCUACACUCAAUGCCUUUUAUUCUUCUUUUCCUUUUUUCACUCACACUUUACCUCCUGCCUUGUAAAAGCCAAGGACGAACGUGUGCUUUAAAGAAGACCCAAUCAAAACGCUUUUUUUCUCAAAUCGACAUAGAUGACUUAUUAUGAAGUGUAUAUUUUCCAUAUAAGCUUCCACAGAUAUUUUCUUAUUAGAGGUAUGAGCCUGUGUAAAAAAAAAAAAAAAAAAAAAAAAGACGUGGGGGUCAGGGGUGGGGAAAAAAUAGCUGGAAGUGUCGCCGUGGCACACUUUUGUUUACAUCACAGGGGACCCACACGGUGACGGUAGCCACCCCUUUCUCUCGCUCAUCGAUUCAAAAAGGGAUAAAGCCAAAAAAAUCUAUUUUCGAGCACUUCCUGCUGGAUAAAAUACUGAAGUAGCAGAUUUUGUUUUCUUUACUGCCAGUAGAUGUUGAGGCAUUACAUCAUGGCUGUGUGUACAAUGGUGUCAUAGGUCAAGCUUGUACACUUGUGGUAAAAAACACACUUCACAUAUCUGUGCCUUCUUGUGGACGCCACUUAGUCCACCUCAGAGACACUUUAGUCUUGCUUGCAAAAAAAGCAUGUUUUUUUUUUACUGCAUAUUUUCUUUCAACUUUUUUAACAUGUUUUCCUUGAAUCUACUGUACAAAGGAAGGAAAAAAACUAAAGGAUACAAUUGCUCAGAUAAAAUGAUAACUCUGAGGAAAAAGAAAUUUCCUGUAUACAAUCAGCAUGUAGUAUUGUCCAAUAUUGUCAUUUAAUAAUAAAACUACAAUCUUUUUUCUCAUUAAACUGCAUAAUAUUUCUCUAUCACCUUCGUUUUUUCCCCGUAAAAUUACAACUUUACUAAACCAAAUUUGUUUUGAUAAUAGAUGUAGAUUGUGUAAAAGCAACAUUUAAAAAAUACUACAGUACUUUUGUUUUUGUCUUUCGUCUCCUUUUAUUAAAAUACUUAGUUUUUGUAAUUACACCUUUUAUAAAACUGAAAAAUUGCAUUUAUUAUUAUUACUCUCAUAAAAUUAAGGUUUCCUUUUUUGUAACAUCCUAAUUUUUUCUUCUGUCAGAGGAACCUAUUUUUUUUCUCCUUUAUCAAAACUUAUAUAAUUACAGGUGGAACUCAAAUUAAAAUAUGGUGCAAAAGUUAAUUCAUGUCAGCAAUUGAACUUCAAAUGUGAAACUAAUAUGUCCAUCCAUCCAUUUUCUACCGCUUGUCCCUUUUGGGGGUCACUGGAGCCUAUCUUGUGAAACUAAUAUGUGAUAUAAACAAAUGACAUGCAAAUUGACAUAUGUCAAGCCUUUAUAUAUAUAUAUAUAUAUAUAUAUAUAUAUAUAUAUAUAUAUAUAUAUAUAUAUACACAUUUUGAUGGUCAUUGCUUCCAGUUUUUGAUUUUCAAUUUGAGGUUUCAUAAACUGUAAGCCAUAAUAACCAAAAUUAUAUCAAAAGGUGGUGUGUCAUAUUCGUUUCACCUUGUAAAUCUAAUUGCUGGAAUAAACAAACCUUUGUACGAUAUUAACAUUUUCAAUUCGAGGUUGUCAUAAGCUGUGAGCCAUAAACAUCAAAAGGUGGUGUGAAAUAUCUUCAGUUGCUUGUUAUGAGCCUAUGUUAUUAGUUUCACCUUGUAAAUCUAAUUGCUGGAAUAAACAAACCUUUGAGUGAUAUAAAAAAGUUUUGAGUUUCACUUGUAUAUCUUGUAAAAUUACAACUUUUUUCUUUUUUGUAACAACUAAAUCCUUGCAAAAUAACAACUUGACAUUUCAUCUGGUAAAAAGAAAUACAAUCUUGCAAUUCCGAUUUUGAUAUUUUCUUUCUUCCAAAACAUUGUUUUAUCUUGUAAAAUUGUGACUGUUAAAAAUUACUUUGCUCUCAUUUUGUGCAAAACUACAACUUUAUUCUCAUAAUUUUUUUUUUAUUUUUUUUCGCAGCCCAAAUAUUCCUUUGUAAUUGUGGACAAAUGAAUAUUAUGUAAAAAAAUAAAAGUUUCAAAAAAAAAAAAAAAAAAUUAUUACCAAGUCUCUAAGUGAUUAGUGUGAUAUAUUGCAGAGACACUAUUAACCUGCUCUACAGUAAACAUCCUGAUUAGUAAGUGCAUAUAUAAAUAUUUGAAAUGUUCCUUUGAAGGAAACAUGUUUUUGAUCAUUGGUUUAAUCUCUUGACAGUCCUAGAUCAUGUUCACACUGAAAGUCACAGUUCUUUUCACUUUAAAUUCCUGCCAAUGUCUAUUUGCCACGUUACUGAAUAGAAAGCGCCCAGACGGAACUGAAUCGCGUACGAAGACAUGUCACCAAUGUGCACUGUGUCAUGAAAAAUCAAAUCAAUAAAAGUUGCACUGUUUACACUUGGAA